AUGACCACCAUCCCGAACGAUAACAACAUCCCCACCGCCAUUACCGCUCGCACCGGCGAGGCCGCCAGCACCUCGGGCAGGUUCACCUACUACAACCCGGGCCUUGGCGCGUGCGGCUACACCAACACGGACUCAGACUACGUCGUGGCGCUCAGCCACGCUGACUUCGACCCAUCCACCCCCAACGGCAACCCGAACGAGAACCCGCUGUGCGGCAAGAAGCUGCGGGCGGCCUACAACGGCAAGACCGUCGACGUCACCGUCGUCGACCGCUGCGUCGCUUGCAACUCGGGCGACCUCGACCUGAGCCCUGCCGCCUUCUCGGCUCUGGCCGAUUUGAGCGUUGGCGUGCUCCAGGGCACGUGGAACUGGCUCUGA